AUGUUUAUUAAAUAUUCUCUAAGAAAAAGUAUUUUAUUAUUUCUUUCAUCAUUAUGUUUGACAAUAGCUGUUAAUAAUUAUCGUGAAAAUCUUGCCCAACGUCAUCCAUGUUAUUCGGUGAAUAAACGACUUGUACCAUAUAUUAAAUGGACUGAAAAACUUGCUAGUACUCAAUAUAAAGUUCAAAAAGAUGCUUGUGGUCAAAUUAGAUCUGGUCCAGCAUGUUGUACAAAUGAAAUAUUUAAUUCUUAUACAUUUUCACUUGCUAAUGAUCUUAAAAAUUUAUUUGAUAGUAAAUUAGAUCAAUUAACUCAAUUUUUUUUAUUAACAAAUAAAAAACUUGAUAAUCGUAUAAAAAUUUAUAUAAAAGAAUUUCGUCAUAUAACAAUAUCAUCACUUGAAAGUUUAUUUGGUAUAAAAGAAUAUAAUUUAAAUAUUCAUCAUUCAAUAUUAAAAUUAUUUAAUAUUCUUGGUAAUCAUCAAUCAACUAUUGAUGAUAUAUCAAAUUCAGCUGUUAAUUUAUUUGAUCAACUUAUUAUAUCAUCAUAUCGUCGAUUUAUGACUAAUAAUAAUGAUAUUAUAAUUGAUGAUAAUUUUAAAAAAUGUCUUUUAAUUAAAGCAUCAGAUAUUGAAGCAUUACCUACAAAACGUGAAUUAAUUUAUACAUUAACAAGUUCAAAUUUAUUAAUACAAAUUCUUCGAACAUUAUUUAUUUAUAUUGAUGCUGAUAUUCAACGAUUAAAAACAACAAUAAUAUUUAAUUCUCAUCAAUGUUUACAACGAUAUGUAAGAGAAACAUUAUGUCCAAUAUGUGUUAAUAUACCAUCAUCAUUAUCUUCAUCUAUUAAUUAUGAUAAUGAUAAUAAUAAUAAUAAUAAUAAUAAUAAUGAACCUUUAUGUGAAAAUGAUUGUCAAUAUGUAAUUAAAACAUGUUUCAAUGAAACAACUAAUCCUUAUGUAACAUUUGCUAUUAUUGCUCAAGAUUAUGCAAAUAUUAUAAAACAAAUUCAGGAAUCUGUUAUUGAACUAAAACUUGUUGAACGUCUUUCAAAAUUACAUAUUUAUUUAUAUGAUAUGGUUGUAAAUGCGACAAAUACUCGACAAACAUAUCAUCAAUUACAAAAUGCUUGUCCAAAUUCCAAUGAAAAACCAUAUCAACCAAUUGUUUCAUUAUCACCAAUAACAAGUGAACGACGUGAACUUGUUAGAAAUUGGAAUAUAUCAUUACAUUUUAUGCUUGAUCAACUGCAAUCAUCAAUUGCCUAUUUAAAUACAAAUCUUACGCAACAGAUAAUGACUAAUAUUUGUUCUAAUUCCAAUUAUGCUGUCAAAUCAAGUCGAUGUAUACAAAUUGAUCAACAUAUGCCUGAAGGUUUUAUGCAAUGGCCAUUACCAUCUUUAGAAAUAAAUUUACAAAUAGCAUCAAAUUUAACUUCACAAUUAGCACAUAAUCAACUUGAUGAAUUAAAAAAAAAGAUGACACAUAUACAACAAAUAAUUAUUUCACUUCGACCAAGAAAAAAAACUUCACUUGUUGAAAUUUUACCUGAUUUUGAAUAUGACUAUGAAAUGGAUACUAAUGAUAAUGAUAAUCAAUCAUCAUCAUCAUCAGCAUUAUUUGAUACAUAUGAAAAUGAAAAUCAAGAAUCUCUUAGUGAACAAAUUUAUAAAGAAAUCGAUGGAGAAGUUACAAGUAUGUAUUCUUAA